AUGUGUGUGUGGAGGCACCAUGUGUGUGUGAGGAGGCAUCAUGUGUCCGGGGCCAAACAAUACCAGCGGGUCCCGGCGGCGCUCCCUGCUGUCACCAUGCUCCUCACGCAGCUCAACCACCAGUGCCUCCUCCAUCUCUUCUCCUUCCUGGACAAAGACACCCGCCAUCGCCUCUCCCAGACCUGCCCCAGGCUACAGCAGGUCUUUCUGGACCCGUGUCUCUGGACCCGGCUUCAGUUCAGCUCUCCCACUCAGCUCAGGCAGGACAACUUCAUCCUGGGGCCCUCGCUGCGGCUCCUGGGGAUCAGCUGGUUCUCGGGUCGGGUCCAGCAGGUCUGCAACAUCGAGGACUGGCUCAAGAACGAGUUCCAGAAGGACGUCUGCAGCAAGCAUCAGGGUCUGGUCCGGGACUUCCUCAAGAGGGUCUGCCACACCUGUCCAAACCUGCUGCACCUGAGUCUGUCUGGCUGCGGACACAUCUCAGACCAGGAUAUCCUCCAGGUGCUGCGGGACUGUCCCCGGCUGCGGAGUCUUCACCUGGAGAACUGCGUGCGGAUCACAGACACUGCGCUGGAGGCGGUGGAGAGACACGGCCGCAGCCUGGAGGAGCUCAGGGUGGACUUCUGCAGGAACAUCUCCCACAGAGGUCUGCAGCAGCUGGGGCAGAACCGGCCCAAACUGCGGCUGCAAGCGGAGAGGAGUGCCGCCAUGAUCCCAGACAUACAGCCCCAGGACCGCGGCACCCGGAGGACACUGCAGAAGCUCCUCAUCUACUCCUGA